CCUCUCUCCAAUGGCCAAUGGGAGGCCAGCCCAAUGCAAGACGGAGACGAGGGACGGACUCGAUGUUAAAUUUCGAAGGCAACGAAGAAGGGAGAAAAGACGUCAUCUUUGCGCGCCGUAUUUGGCCUCGACAGGCAGAGGCCGCGAUGCCGGAGUCGGAGACUGUCUCAGGAAAGCGGGAGCUUUUCUUCGAGGAAGAAGACCUACAAUAUGAAGAAGAGAUCUUGCGCAACCCAUUUUCUGUCAAGUGCUGGAUCCGCUAUAUUGACUUCAAGCAGAAUGCUCCCAAACAUAUCCUGAACCUGAUCUAUGAGAGAGCUCUUAAGGAAUUGCCAGGAAGCUACAAGCUCUGGUACAACUAUCUUAAGCAGCGGCGGAAACAAGUUAAGAGCAAAUGUGUAACAGAUCCCUGCUACGAAGAAGUUAACAACUGCCAUGAGCGUGCCCUGGUCUUCAUGCAUAAGAUGCCUCGGAUAUGGCUAGAUUACUGCCAGUUUCUCAUGGAUCAAUGUCGGAUCACCCGUACCCGCAGGACAUUUGACCGGGCGCUCAGAGCUCUGCCCAUCACACAGCACCAUCGUAUCUGGCCACUUUACCUGAAGUUUGUGCGACUCUAUCCAUUACCUGAGACAGCUGUACGGGUCUACCGUAGGUACCUAAAGCUGAGCCCUGAGAAUGCAGAGGAAUAUAUUGAGUAUCUGCGUUCCAUUGACCGUCUGGAUGAAGCCGCUGUCCGUCUUGGAGCUGUGGUGAAUGAUGAGCGUUUUGUUUCCAAGGAGGGAAAAUCUAAUUAUCAGUUAUGGCACGAGCUCUGUGAUCUCAUCUCUCAAAAUCCAGACAAGGUGAAGUCACUCAAUGUAGGGGCCAUCAUCCGAGGUGGCCUGACUCGUUUCACUGACCAGUUGGGCAAGCUGUGGUGUUCUUUGGCAGAUUACUACAUCCGCAGUGGCCAUUUUGAGAAGGCUCGUGAUGUGUAUGAAGAAGCUAUUCAGACAGUGAUGACAGUACGGGAUUUCACUCAAGUGUUUGACAGCUACGCCCAGUUUGAGGAGAGCAUGAUUGCUGCUAAGAUGGAGACCACCUCUGAAAUGGGACGUGAGGAGGAUGAUGAUGUAGAUCUGGAACUGCGCCUGGCACGCUUUGAGCAGCUGAUCACACGUCGGCCUCUGCUUCUCAACAGUGUCCUCCUGCGCCAGAAUCCUCACAACGUCCAUGAGUGGCACAAGCGGGUGAAGCUGUAUGAAGGCAAACCUUGGGAGAUCAUCAACACGUACACGGAAGCAGUGCAGACUGUUGACCCGUUUAAAGCCACUGGAAAGUCACAUACGUUGUGGGUUUCUUUCGCCAAGUUCUACGAGACCAAUGGACAGAUAGAAGAUGCCAGAACAAUUUUUGAAAAGGCCACCAAGGUGAACUUCAAGCAGGUGGAUGAACUGGCCAGCGUCUGGUGCGAGUAUGGUGAGAUGGAGCUGCGGCAUGAGAACUACGAUCAAGCCCUGCGUAUCCUGAGGAAAGCUACAGCUAUUCCAGCUAAGAAAGCUGAAUAUUUUGAUUCCACAGAGCCUGUGCAGAAUCGUGUAUAUAAGUCCCUCAAGGUGUGGUCCAUGCUGGCUGACUUGGAAGAAAGUCUCGGCACUUUCAAAUCUACUAAGGCUGUAUAUGAUCGUAUUUUGGAUCUACGCAUUGCCACCCCACAAAUCAUCAUUAACUAUGGUCUGUUCCUGGAGGAGCACAAGUAUUUUGAAGAGAGCUUCAAGGCAUAUGAGAGAGGCAUCUCCUUGUUUAAGUGGCCAAAUGUUUAUGAUAUCUGGAACACCUAUCUAACCAAAUUCAUUGACCGCUAUGGUGGGAAGAAGUUGGAGCGUGCUCGGGAUCUUUUUGAGCAGGCCUUGGAUAGCUGUCCCCAGAAAUACGCAAAAACUAUCUAUCUCUUAUAUGCCAAGCUGGAGGAGGAAUAUGGGCUGGCCCGCCAUGCCAUGGCAGUAUACGAGCGGGCUACUCAGGCUGUGCUGCCUUCAGAGAAGCAUGAUAUGUACAACAUCUACAUCAAGAGAGCAGCUGAAAUUUAUGGCGUCACCCACACACGUAGCAUCUAUGAGAAAGCGAUUGAGGUGCUAUCAGAUGAACACGCUCGGGAGAUGUGUCUGCGCUUUGCUGAUAUGGAAUGCAAAUUGGGUGAAAUAGACAGAGCUCGGGCAAUCUAUUCCUAUUGCUCACAGAUGUGUGACCCUCGAACUACGGCCACCUUCUGGCAGACAUGGAAAGAAUUUGAGAUUCGGCAUGGGAACGAAGACACUAUCCGAGAAAUGCUGCGCAUUAAGCGAAGUGUGCAGGCUACUUACAAUACUCAGGUCAACUUCAUGGCUUCUCAGAUGCUAAAGGUUUACAGCAAUGCCACAGGCACAGUGUCCGACUUAGCACCAGGACAGAGCGGCAUGGAUGACAUGAAGCUCUUAGAGCAGCGAGCAGAACACCUGGCAGCCGAAGCAGAAAGAGAUCAGCCUCGAGCUAAGGAGAAGAUCUUGUUUGUCAGGAGUGAUGCUUCCCGCAGUGAAUUGGCUGAACUUUCCAAGCGGGCCAAUCCUGAUGAGAUAGACAUCAAUUUGGAUGACAGCGAUGAGAGUGAAGACAAUGAGCCUGAUGAGGUGCAGCUGGAACAGAAGACUGUCCCCUCUGCUGUGUUUGGUGGACUUAAAGAAGACUGAACUAUUUGUUAUUAAUGAACUGCUUUAAGCUGGAGUAGAGACAACACUUUCCUGGUUACCCAGUGUGCCAUGUAAAGUCUUUUCUUUGUGAUCUUCUAAGCUGCUGUUCUUCUUGGCAACUCAACCUAAUAGAGAAAGAAGCAAUUUAUAAAAUACUGUUGAUAGUUGUAUUGUAUUUAACCAACAGGAAGGGGAACUUGUAUCCCAAAUAAUUUACCUUUAAAAGAUUUGUGAAAAGGAUGGUAAUGAAUGGAGAUACUAUUUCUUCAUGGGGAGUUUUCUUAAACUCAAGCUUAUCUUUCUGGAAAUAUGGUAAUAUCUAUUCUGAACCAAUUUCAUUAUCACUAAAAGCUUUAUUAUUGCCUGAGCUGAAAUCUUAAAAUUACAAACAAGGCAAUUAUGGAAACAAGGGGAGUGGGGAACGUAAUGUACAUCAUGGUCAAAGGUGAAAUAAUUGUUUACUGUGUAAAAUUAGCCUUCAUUCAUAGAAAUGAACUUUUAAAAUGAAUGUUCCUAUAGUUUUAUAAAUAUUAAGAACUGCAGAUUUAAACAGUUUUUCGCAAUACAAAACCAAGGCUACAGAAUUUCUUAAAUGAGCUUUCCUAAAAUUGGAAUUCUUUAAUUUGGAGUCUUCAAGGUAUGCUGGAACUAAAUCCCCCAGAAUUCCCAGCCAGUAUGGUCAGGCACAGGAGAAAUAGAACUUACGCCUUCCCUCCAUCUCAUGUUGAUAUUUGCCAGGAACAAAUUGUAACUAAUUAUAUAUUAGCUUUGACAUUAGAAAAUUGAAGAGUAUGGCUUUAAAUGCAUUUGAACAAGUUGGAAAAAGUGAAUAAAUCCAUAGAGCAUGGAAUAACUUUCAAUUCCACUAACAAAUACUGGCAGGAGUUUCUUAAAAUGCAAGACAAUAGGAGCUAAUCCCAUCUUGAGCUCACUCCUUGUUCAACACAGGCACCUGCAUUUU